AUGGAAGGUGUUGGAAGAGAGAAAAAGGAAGGUGAGAGUAGUGUGGAAAGUGGGGCAGCAGCAGCAGGCCCAAGAGCGGAAAAUAUGCCAACUGAGUCUGCGAGUGGUGGAGUUGUUGUUUCCUUGUUUGAGGAUUCUGUGGAGAAGUUCAUCUCUACAAUGGAGGCUAUCUCGUUGCUCUGUGGGAUACAAGAUGAGACCUUUGAUCAACAUGAGUUACAGAGAUUAUCCCACAUGAUCACAUUUCUGAAGUGAGUCUGUUUCAGUAUUUAAUAUUUCUUCAAUUUAUGAUCAACAUGUUUUUUGUUAUCACUUUUGCCAUAAUUUUUUUUGAGAAAGAUCUGAAUAUUUAAUGAAUAUUUUGGCCAUCUUUCUUGAAAUUUCCCAAAAUUUGUGUGGAGAUCAAGUAUUAUUUUAAAUUAAUGCCAUUAUUUGGUGAUUGCUCAAAAGCAUGGUAUGGAUUGGCUUGCCUUGCAGAGAAUGGAGAUAUUUCUUCUAUGAGCCGAAAAUUGUCAAUUUCGUUUAUGAGGCUGAACCUCAUCAAUCAAAAGAGGAGAUCAAGGGAAUAGAGCUGCCUCAAUUUUCAUCUGCUGCACCUCCAAAUGUAAUUUCCUUUCAAGUGUUGUGUUUCCCUUGACAGCCAUUGGAUUUGGUGUUCGUCUGUAUUUUAGAUGUUCUUUAGCUGAAAACUCAUGCCUUUCAUACUGAUUCAGAGGGGACAACCACUGAGUGCUGCAGAAUCUAUGGACCGGUAUGUUGGACCCAACUACUCUAUGUUCGUGAUCAAAUCGUAGAUAAAUUUUAAUUUCAACUCUCUAUAUCUUACCUAUUCAAAUAAUAUGGAGUUCUUUCUGUGAGGGAGGAGGGGCUCCAUUUCUGAGCUGUGGCAGCCUCUGCAAGGGUCCAAUGUUGGAGAUCAGAUUUUCGUUGUACUCUUGAUAAUUGUGGCAACUCUGUUACAUUUUCCUUGAGGAUUUUAUUUGUAUUUCUGUCUAGAAUCCCAGGUAUCAUUUUACGUAGGUAUUUUGACACAGCAGGGAGUUGAUUAUCAUUGUCUUGCUUUUAUGUGGCUUUAGGAACCUGUAGGCCUCUGCAAUAUAUUAUCGUUAGUGUGUUAUUAAUGUUUCUAGCAUGUAUUGUCUGUAUGCAUAGUUCGUUAUAGUAUUUUCAUUUCAUAGUCUUCAUUUAUGGUUGCAUUUUUGCUUACGUCUAUGAUUUUUGACACAGUAAAGACUUUGUGUUGCAUGCUGGUGGAUCCGUUUGGGCGAUGGACUGGUGCCCAAGAGUGCACCAAGUACCUCACUGUCCCGUUAGAUGUGAGGUACUUUCAAUUCCAACCUUAAACUUUAUUCCUCUCAUCUAUCUGGCAGCAUAGGUAUAAUGUAAUCGUUUUUGCCUGUCCUUACUGUCUUGUCUGCACAUGAACCUUUUGCAUGAGGGUUUCACACAGAUGAUGAUGAUGAUGAAUAUCUUGCAUAGAGUAACUUAUAGAUUCUCUCGGGCCUUGUGUUAGUGUGUUUAUGUCUUUGUUUUUAAUUCAUACAUUCUAAGCUUUCAUCGUUUUUAGUUAAUUGAGUGCAGAAGCAGAUGCACAGCGAGAGUGAUAUUUUUAAGAACGACAAUAAUGGCAGUGCAUUGGGGCAAUGAAACCUUCUAUCGACCUUAAUGAACCUUCUAUGACGCUCAGUACCUUUAUUUGCCGAUGUCAAUGUGGUGCAUGCUUCCUAUGUGGAUAGUUGGUGAUAUAAUUAGAACAGCGUGGUUAAUAGAUGAAUGCAAUUAAUGUGUUGGGAACAGAUGUUAAUUUCAUGACCUUAAUAUCCCAAGUUGAGAACUAAUCUACUAUGUACCGCAAUAUUUCUUACUUCCACUGCUAACAUAUUUUUUAUCUCGUUUAUAUUCAGUACCUUGCAGUUGCUGCUCACCCACCUGGUUCUUCAUAUCACCAGAUAGGAGCUCCAUUGACUGGAAGGGGUGUCAUUCAGAUUUGGUGCCUUCUAGACAUGAAUAGAAAAGAGGAAAAUUAUAGCCAAAGAUCCAGAGAGAGGCCUACAAAGGGAUCUGCCCGCAGAUCAGGUGGUUUAAGCAUCAAGUCCGAACAUCCACCUAAGCCUAGAGGAAGACCUACAAAGAUGCCUCUCCCUGUGGAACCUCUAGGUGAUGGAAACAGUGGACUGAUAUCAAAUCCCCCGCGGAAAAGAGGUAGACCCAGGAAGGUGCCAGUUGCAGCGGACUCACUAAAUGUUUCAACUGUUGUAAAUGGCACGGUUCCUUCAAAACGGCAGAGAGGAAGACCUAGAAAAAUCCCUGGCAAUACAGAAACCAUAGAUUAUGUGGACGUUAGUAGUAAAUUGGACAAGGAAAAAUUAGUUCCUGUUCUUGGAGUGGCUGAUGCACAUGAUGAGAAUAAAUCUCCGCAGAGACAUACUGAUGGAAGACCUCGAAAUAUACCCGAGCAAACAGAAAAUGUUGACCAUUUCGAUGGUGAAAAAAAUCUAAUAAAUCCAGAGAUCGGUUCUUACGAUGCUACUGAUGAUUUAAAUGGAAAGACAACAUUGAUCCCAUGCAAGCGCAGAGGGCGACCUAGAAAAAAACCAGUCAGAAUAGAAGAUGCAUGCACAAAUGUUGUUGAAGAUGGGAAAACGAAGUCAUCUUCACUGAGGAAAUCUAGAGGGAGAUCGGGAAGGCUUCCUGAUAAAAAGUCAGAUGUAGGUGCUCCAUGCAUCAUUGAAGAUGUUAGCUCAAUAGAAUGUGUUUCCACUCCGUCCGUCAAUGUCUCAAACAUUGAAAGAAAGUCAUCCCCGCCAAAGAAAGAUGGAGAGAAACUAAAACAGGGAUCAGAGGAAUAUGUUUCUGAUGCUAAUGGCGCUGAGCCUAUAUAUCCAGAUCAACAAGAGUUUCCGUUGGUUGUAAAUGAUAGUGAAGUUUCAUGCCUAGCUGAGAAUGUUGAACCAAUGAAAGAGUUGUAUGACUUGCCUAGGACGAACAGCUUUGCAAAUGCAGUUUCUGUUUCAAGUAGUGAAGUGGUUUCAAAAGAAUUUAUAGAGGAUGAUAUUGUCUGUUUAAACGCUCAAAAUGAUAUUGCUUUGCCCAGAGUUUUUCUAUGUUUGGGACACAAUGGGAAAGUUGCGUGGGAUGUCAAAUGGAGGCCUUGUAAUAAUGGUGACGUGAACUUCAGACAUCGGCUAGGCUAUCUUGCUGCAGUGUUGGGAAAUGGGUCUCUGGAAGUGUAAGUUUAUUCCCCAUUUUUAUCCCUUUUUGUAUACAUUUUUAUUUAGUUGUCCUUUACAUCUACCAUUCGAUGCUCUGUUUCUUUUUUUCCCAUUUUCUUCAUACGGCAAGUUAUUUAGGUUACUUGUAGUUUACAUUUUAAUUCGUUGGAUUUUUUUCUUUUUUGUUGCAGUGAUUCAACUGCUGGCCUUGAAAAAAAAUUCUUCUUUGCCUUUUUCUUUUUAACUUCUUCUGCUGUUCAUACCAUUUUGAAGUCUGUUAUUUUAGUUCAUAUUUUUGAUAUACUGUGGAAAUUAUGCAUACUGUUGCAGAGGGCAAGUUAGAAAUUCAGUUCUCACUGGGUUGUGUACUUAUUACAACCUAUAAAAUCGGGACACGAUUUUCUUUUUACCUCUCCCAACUCUCCCAUGAGGGUGCAAAUUUGCAACUGCUCUUUAAGUGUGGAUGGACCACAAUUUUUUUCCUUACUAAUAUGAAAGGGAAAUUAGAAAUGGUACAACCUCCACAUAAGAAACAAGUUAAAAUUGAUACUGUUACAUCGGUUAAUAAUUUCUAUGUCAAUUAAAACUAGAUUGUGGUUUAUUUAAGGUUGUGCCAGUCUGACUUGAGUUUUGAGUUACACCACGUGAAGUCAGGUCAUUGGCCUAAUAUGCAUGAUUUUUAGUGUUUUUUAGCUUAGAUCUCAGUAGUUUAAGCAACUUCGUCUUGAAGGCAGUUCGUGAUUCUUUCAUUUUUACGGACGAUGGAGAUUCACAUCAGUAAUUUUAAGUUUUUAUACAAAGUAAAAGGGCCACAUCAAACUAAAACUCACAAUGUAGAUGACUCAAUGGGUAAUAAACAUGAGAUCUACAGCGAUUCAAUUUAAGAACGGCUUCAUGCUGAUCAGUAUGAUUCAGAUCUUCUGUCAUCAGGUCACAUGUAAUUGGAUGUUGUUCAUGCCUAAUCUCACACAAGUUGUCCAACUUUUUCAAUAUCCACGCAGAUUACAGUUUGUAAAGGCAGAAACCAUGUCCAACUUAUAAAAGUUGGUGCAAGUUAACUAACCAUGCAUGACUAACAUACCACCUCAAAGCCAUUUUAUUUACGGUUUCAAACACUUUCUGUUGUUGACAAAUAGUGUUAAUGCUGAUAGAGAAAUGAGAAAUGUCUUAAGCCGAGUAUGUCUCUGCAAUGUAGUUUUUGUGCUCUCAAUCAUAGUACAAAGGGCUCACACUUCUUCAGCAGCUUGUGUUGAAAUCAGAUUGAAUGUCUAAAAUGUCUAUUUAUCACUUUUGAAAGGUGAAGUCUAUGCUACUUGUCAUCUUGGAAGGACAGUGGACUAUGAACAGUGUCGUAAUUGCUACAGACGCAUUACAUGUCAAGAGAAAAAGGUAUAAACCACAAUUGGCUGCAAAAGGAUUGGACUAGUUGUGGAUACCAUGAUCUACCUUUGAUUCAUCAUUGAUAGAAAGGAAUCGACCCAAACAUCAGAUUGGUAUUCUGAUGAAGGAAUACAUCUAUGAGUCAGAUUAAUCUGUUUUGAGUAAAACCCUAAAACGUAAUAAACAAAAUUGUGGGUUUGGCUCUUCUGUUUUCUCCUUUAUUUUGGGUUUUCUAGAUGUAUAUAAUUUGGGUGUUUUCCAAAAGCGGUAUACUAAUUAUUUGUACACUAUGAUGCAUUAUCUCACAUAGCUGCAAUGUAGUACUGAUGGUUUUCUUCUAAUCGAUCAUUUUAAAGAGGUUGCCUUGAUUUGUCUUCUUAAUGGUUGUAUUUUCUGGUUGAGUUGUCUACUUCAUUUUUUCAAAGUUUACUCUCGUGAUUGUUUUCUGGUUCAUACCUCCUUUUAUACUUUUUUGUGUUUAAUUUUUUUCUUUGUAAUUUAACUUAUCUCAGGUGGGAGAUCCCAUCUCCUAGCAUUAUUAAGAAUAUAUACAAAUCUUCUUUCAAGGAAGAUACCGAUCCCCGUUUUGUAAAGCUAUGUCCCGUGUUCAGGUGUUCAGAAGUGAAGUUUGGGGACAGACAAAGGUAAGAACAGGUUUCUCCCCUAGCCGAAUGCAUGAGGUUUAUUUAGUUGAAUUUUAUGUUUCAUCAACUCGUUUUUUUAGAUUCUUCAGUGUCAUGCUUUGGCUCGCGGGCUAUUGUUCUUGAACACUGAGAUGUGUCUUGUCACUGGAAGAUUGUAAUCACGUGUGAAUCAGAUGUAUCAUGUUGUAUUCUAAAUGUUGUCUUUCUAUUAUGAGAUAAAAUCCAUCAUACAUCAUAAAUCGAAAAGCAUACGAAUCAAGGAUAGCUGAGAUUACAAAUCACAUGCAGGUGUCUCACUGAACUGGCUUCCAAGGAUUUGAAUGUUUUGUUGAGAAUUUUGUGUAUGCUUUUCCUAUAGUUUUAAAAACUGUUUACCUAUCAGUUAACCUCAGCCGUGAAAAAUCUUCCUAAUGGUGUUGGUGGUUAAAAGAUGAAUAUAAUUAGAUUCUUGACUAUGUUGAGCUGAAAUUUCUUGUAUACUAAUGUGUCUUAUGCAUGAGUGAUCUGUGUGUCUUGUAUACUAAUGUGUCUUCUUCAUGAGUGAUCUGUGUGUCUUGUAUACUAAUGUGUCUUCUUCAUGAGUGAUCUGUGUGUCUUGUAUACUAAUGAAUGGUUAAAAGACGAAUAUUAGUAGAUAUUCUCACACAUGUUCUAAUCUGUGUUUUUUAAUUGGAAAUGUUUUUAAUGUUGUGUGCCCUUGUGGAUGGCACCAGUAUUUAUUUCCCACAAUAACUAAAGGACAAUCAUUUAUCUGUGUCUAUAUUGUAUUAGUAAUUGUCCUUACGUUACUCUUGUUUCCUCCUAGCUUUUCUUAUCCUAAAUUAUGUGUUGUGGCAAACCAUCGGGUCAUAUCAGUUGCUGAUUUUUUUCAACGCUUUGUCCUACUGAGGCUUAAAUUGACUGGCUAUGUUCUGGUACCUGAUGUCACCUACGGUUAUUUGACACUAUUAGAAACGACAGAGAGUUCUUUGAGGUAGUUCUUCUAGUCAUAUAGAAGGACGAAUCCAUCCUAGUAGUAUGCGUGGCUGUGAUUAUCUAAUCUCAACGUUUUUUAUUUGUAUGUAUUUCUUUUUCCUUUGUUUAAUUUGUCCAUUGAUAACUCACUAUCAUGCAGCAUUCCCCUCACACUGGAAUGGUCGAAGUCCACUCCUGAUUUAAUUCUAGUUGGAUGCCAUGAUGGGACGGUAAGUGUUUUUCUGGCAUUCGUAUUUUCUUUGUUCAUAUUUACACUAUAAGAAAAAUAAUGCUUUACACGUUUCUUCAUCUAUUUAAUUUUAAGUCCUCACGUUUUGCAUUUUUUAAUUAACGGAUCCUACUUCUUAACGUGGUGUUAAUAAGGGAAGAUUGGAAAUUGUUUAACUUUCAGUUUAGUUCCUCAUUUUAAUUGUUGACCCGCCUUUUGAAGAAAGAAAGGAGUCCCUCUUUUCGUGUAUUUUUAUUUACUAUAUGCCGUAUCAGUGGAUUGGAAAGUGACUUUCAUGUUAUUUAAAGUUGAACCAGAUAUAUUUCUCAGUUCCCCUCAUAAAAUCCAAAAAACUGUCUUCAAAUGUGCCACGGAUUUUUCAAAAUUUCUGAACAGGUCGUAACUAAUGAUUUUCUAUGUAAACAAAGAACUAGUCCACAAGUAUCUGUUUCUGAACCUGAGUUAGAACAUAAAUCCUGAGAUCCUGUUUGCGCUUUUUACCCCAUCUUCCACAUUUCCAUUUGUUUCUGAGAUCCUCAGAAAAUUUGGAUUCUAUGAUGAAUACAGCCAGAUCCAAGAAAUUCAUCGAUACGCAUGAUAAAAAAAAAUUGUCAUGGAGGGAUUCAUCCUAGAAUAUUUUUCUUGGUCUUCUGUAGCUAUCUGAUGGUUGGACUAGGUGUCAUUGUGAUUGUAUCAUUUUUUAAGGGUGUUUUAAACCUGGCUUAGUGCCUGGAAUGUCAUGGAAAGUCGCAGUGGCAAAAACCCUCAAUAAUAAGGCGAUGUUGAUGUGAAAGAGAUAUUAGUCCGUCUGGUCAUCUCUAAUGAGGAUAAUAUUCUAAUUUGUUUUUUCCUAGCCUUAAGUUGAAUUACUCUGGAUUGAUUUUUUAAAGUAAUCUACAAUGUUAAAUGAAUUUUGGAUUUCUUGAAACUAGAAUUCAUGACAUUUUCAUGUAUUUCCAGGUUGCCUUGUGGAAGUUCUCCGCUGGAGAUUCCUCUCAAGGUAUUGUCUUGAUAUUUAUCUAAUGUUCGGGGGGUACUGGCUUCAUAGACAAUAAUUUGUUGAUUGUAUAACAUGUAGUUAUAUCUUGUUUCCAUGUUUUGAUUGUAUAUAGAAGGAAUUUGGCAAUCGAUUUCGUGGGACAUGAGCAACUUUUAGGAUAAUUAUUGCCAGCAUAAACAACUUUAUUUUUCUAUGUUUGAUUGCAGACACAAGACCUUUGUUGUGCUUUACUGCUGACAAUGUUCCCAUAAGAGCUGUUUCUUGGGCUCCCGGUGAAAGGUAUUGGUCCAUAGAUUUUCAUUAUGGUACUUUACGGAUGUUAUGUUAUAUAUUACUAUUGUUUUUAUUUCCUUGUAGAUAUUCAACUUGACUCCCUGGCAGCAUAAUGACGUCCCAAUCACUCUUCAUAAAUUUCUUCAUUGAUAAACUAUUUUUGAGGUCUACAAUGGCAUAGUUCAACAUCAAGUCGGGCAGCUUAGACUUAGAUAUCGAUUUAGUAAUCUUGGAAUCAUAGACACAUUAGCUGGCCUCAGCUGGCCUCUUUUGACUGUUGGCUGAUCAGAUUGGCUAACCUUCUUUUUAUCAUUUCUUAAAAUAUUGAAAAAUGAUCAAGUCAGACUGAUUUAGCCAAUCCUAAUGUGUUCGUGUAGUAAUUAGUUUUGGAGCGCCGCCUAGGAAUGAUCUUGAGCUAAUUCUGAAAAUGAGGUACUUAUAUUAAUGCUAGUAUCUGGAGGCCUAAUCUAGUAAGCCUGACAUUUGUGCACUUUGGUUGGUUGCGGUGGUGUGCCAUGGCAGCGCUUAUCAUUGGGGACGUUGGGAACUUAUUCAGUAAAGAAUACUGUCAUACUUCAACUAUACUAUACAUUCAUAAAUAGUGCUUUUAGUUGAAAGAUGUGCACGGAUAAAAUGAUAUACUUAAAUAUCACCGCAGAUGAAUUCUUGGAUAUAAUAAGUUAAGGUUACUUUUCAAAUGACGACCAGUUUCAUUUUUUUAGCUCAAGAACAUCACGUAAUCAAGUUCAUACGUACUGUAUUAAGAAGCAUAGAAACCACAAAGGAAAGGAUCAUGAAACUUCGGACAAGUUGGAGCAAGAAAACCGUUGUUAAGUCAUUAGAAGUAUUCUUAUCCUUCUGAAAUUGCCACGCUGAUCUGUUUCAGUUUUCAAUACCUUUAUAAUCAUUAUAAUGAUUAUUAAUAAUUUAAUCAAGUUUUUUUGAGCUAAAGCCUACAUAAAAUAUACAUAGAUACUUGUAGAUCAUACUUUUCAAUAAACUAUUAUGUAAAAUUAAGCUUUACCUGGGCGCUAUUGCUUCCCGUCUUUGUAGUAAUCUAACUGGCCUACAUUUUGUUUGUUUUAUUUAGGUCUUGUUAAUAAGUCAGAUUUUACAUUAUCGAGUGCAAGGUAUCGCAAGAUAUGUAGUAUUUUUGGUAAAAAUUAGAUUGCAAUAUAUCUCUAAGCAAUCUGCAUUGUUUCUCCUUUACUGAUUUUAAGUUCACACCAAUGUUACACAACUUAAAUACUAUGCAGUUAUUCUCAAAGUUCAAAUGUGGUAGUGACUGCUGGACAUGAAGGCAUCAAGUUUUGGGAUAUACGGUAUGAGAAUGAGAUUUUUCUUAUUUUGUUAUUAUCUUUGAGAUGAACUUAAUAAUAUUGUAUGCAUUCUUAGUGUUGUCUAGCUACCAAAGUUUUUCUGUCUCCCAAGUGUGGCUCUUAUUUCAAUGUUUUCCAUGCUAAAGUUCCUGUUCUAUUGAACGUUUGGAACUAUUUCUUGAAGUUGUUACAAUAUUCUCUCAUAAAGUAGAUUUUUCCUCCUUUUUAGACGAUGCAUGAGAAUGUCGUAUGCUGUCAAAAAUAGUUUUUCUAAGUUCCUAAAUUAUGUGAAUGACACAGUCCUUUAACACAUUUUUCGAGUUUAUAUGUUGAGUUUCAAUUGUUAAAGUAUCUCAGGCCUGUUGAAGUUGUCGUCACCAAUAAUUUUCUUUCUAAAAUACAUAGGUGUAAAUGCUACUUUUUUAGGUCCAAUAUAUUUAUCAUCAAUCUAUCACAACUGGUUCAAAUUAAACUGUCGUAUUUUAAUUUCCCUCCUGUUCAACUUGUAAGCUCUUAUUUAUUCUUUUGCCCUAUAAUUCCUUAACCUCCUUACUUUGCAAAGCGUCAUCCUAAUGUUAUCUAUCCACUUCUCUUUGUCUAAAAGUGGAGAUUGCCAAUAAACAAAGCUUAGAUUGAUUCAUAUAAAUUUUUCUAGAUUUAUAUUGGUUGUAUGGCUCCUAGGUUUUUUUGUCCUCUUGAUCAUUAAUCAAAUCAAGCAUUUCUUGACCUUUGAAAAUCAAACAAUUCAUAGAAUUCCAAACAAAUUAUUCAGUUACUCAUAAAAUUCUACGUUUCAAAAUUUGCAUUCUGCAUAAUCUUCAACCAAAACUGAACCUCCCUAAUAAUUUAUUAUUUAAAUAUGAAUGAUACAUAGAUUAUGACCUCAAAUAAGUGUAUCUUUUGCGGAGAGGCAAGUGAAAAUAUGAGGGAGACCAUGGAUAACAGAAAGAAGAAGGAAAUAGAAGAGGAAGAACAUAAAUUUAGAUUAGGAGGGUGAGGAUAAAUGAGUUCUGGGGUCAUAAACCCAAGAGAGAACUAUAAUUUCCAAUACAAUUGUUAGUAACAAUAAAAACUUCCAACAGCCUCUAAAAGGGUUUACAUACAAAUCUUUGUAAUUCUAAAAUCAUACUUCUUACUUCGAUGUGAUUGUACCAUACCCAUCUAUUAAUCCACAAAUGUCUCAUUCUGGUCACAACCACUUAACGAUUUUUGACAAACUCCAGCUACAAAUAUUAGAUAAAACCCAAGUCCAGCCCACUUACAUUUCUGUAUCACACAUCAUUUCAUUUCAGUCAAUCUUUUCAUGGAGUGCUGAAAGGUUUGUUUAUUCAAAGAUUUGAAACUUCCAUUAUAUCUGCUGCAGUGAUCCUUAUCGCCCCUUGUGGGAUUUCAAUCCUGCACAAAAAAUGAUAUUGAGUCUAGACUGGUUGCAACAUCCCAGGUGACAUUUUUUUCCUCAGGAGAAUUUUUUUUUUUUUUUAACGUAAAGAUUGUAUGAUAGCACGUUUCUCCUGAUUUAUUUAUUUUUUCUUCUAGCUGUCUCAUUUUUUCAUUCGAUGAUGGCACCAUGAAGACCCUCAGCUUGUCGAAGGCAGCAUGUGAUGUGCAUGUUACAGGCAAACCAUUUGAUGGUGCAAAGCAUGGAGUAGUACACAAUUUCUACCGUUCACAAUUUGCAGUUUGGAGUGUCCAUGUAUCUCCUAUAACCGGUAAUGCUUUCCUUUUGAACGCAGUGGGAUUUGAUUUUUAAUUAUAAUUCCUUAAUUUUGAAUAUCAUAAUUUCUAGUGUUUUCAGGACAGUUUUUAACUUUGAAUGAUGUUGAGACGACUUUAUCUUGUUGAAAAAAUAUGCUAAUUCUUCUCAAGAAAUAGCUAUUUUAACAAGAAAGCGUAUGCCGUCUUUUUUCAUGAGUAAAAUACGCUAUUUUAACUUUGAAAGUGUAUGCCAUAAUUUAGCCUGUCUAUGAUUCUAGUCAGUGAGAGCACGCGUGAGAUUGAUAACUCCAUCUAUAUAACUUUGUAAAAUAUCUUUUUCAUUUUAUUUUACUCAAAUUUAGACGUCCACACUUUACUGUCUACUAUGGCUGAGCUGAAUCCGACAUGGACUCCAGUGGUCUUUUGAACAUGAUAUAUUUUGAUUAGAAGGCAAGUAUUCUUGAACUUUACAUUAUUUAUGACAUGUUUUUGAGGAAUACUGCCCUUUUAACUGUCAUUUUAUAUGAAAGAACACAUUCGAGAGUUUAAGAGCAUAGAUCUCUUGGCAUGGCCAAGUUUUAUAUGUUCGGACCAUGAUAAGAACAGCGCAACCCAAUUUAGAGUGAACCAUCUUGGGAUUGUUGGUUUCUUCUAGUGUAGCCUAUAUAUCAUCUUGGCAUUUCUCUUGGGGGCUUUGAAGACACCCUGUAUACUACUCCAGAAUGUGGUUCAUGCCAAUACUAUCCUAAACAGAGAAGACCAUACAGAAUACUCAAUAGAAGACAGAGAACACAAACAACACAAAUUAGUUCAAAAAAAAGAAGGCAUGAAAUGCAGAUCCGUCUCUCAUCUUUGUGCAUAUUUUAUUCCUUUUUAUUCAGUUUUUAUCUGGUAACAUCGACUGUGAGGAGGGAAAACAAAAAGCUCAGUACGAAACAAUUGAGUCAGUGUAUGCUCGAACAGUGCAGUAGUUGCUGAAUUGUCAGAUUUUGUCCCAAGAUCUCUCUCGUUGCUUGCCAUUAUGGGGGCUGAAAGGUUCACCGUGGAGUGCAUGAAAACAUUGGUGGGUAUCUCAGUGUAGUCACUUUGGAGAUGAAGAGAUACAAAUUGAGGUGACUCCAAGGUUAAUAUCAUAGAGAAGAUGAGGCUUGGUGCGUAAAAAUAUUUAAUCAUUUCUCAGUGUGGCUAUUAGAGAUUUAAAUAGAGUUAGCUAAUUUAGACAAUGUUGGAAUGUUAGACUUUUGGACAUUGAAGAAGAGACAAAUGUUAUGUUCUUAAUCCAUACAUUUUAUACUCAAAACCUGGCAUCGCCACAUAAAUUUGUCAAGCUCUUCAUUUUUUUGCCACUCAAAAGCUGCAACCAAGAGGAAGCAAGUAGGUAUUCACUCAGGGAUUAGACAUUGAUGGAUUUUUGCUAUUUUUUCUUCUUAGCUGUGCUGUCUGCUCCUCAUGUUUUCUAAUUCCUAGUUGUUAAGUAACCCACCCAUCUUUGGAAUCCUUUACCCAAACAGAAAUGCCCUUGCGAUUUGGCUAAUAGUUUUAUGCAGGUUAAGUAAUAUUAAAUUAUCUAAUUUCUAGGCUCUAUUUCGUGUUCUACGGAUUUUAUUCUCCUUCUUCUGUUGCACCGGAAUUCAUAUAUCUAUCCAGACUCACCGCAUUUGCCCUGUGUUUAUACUUAAAUCAAGGGUUGAGGAUCUCGUGGCUAAGAAAAAUGAAAACCAAUUCUUCCAAUUUUUGACUUUUAUUAUUUUUCUCUGAGUAAUCUUAGGAUCAGGAUCUUGCUAUCGAUCCCAGUAUUCAACCAUAUCAAAUCAAAUGGGAAACAUCAUCAGAUCGUCUUCUUUUAGCCACUGAAGUCUUUCUUUUGUUCCCAGGUGUGGCCGCCUAUUGCUGUGCAGAUGGGUCCAUUCUUUGCUUUCAGGUUUGAUCCAUCAGACUCCUCUGUAAGCUACUUAACUUAGUAUCUAAUCACCACUGUUCAUCAGAUAACAGAGAAGUCAGUAGACAAGGACAAGUCGCGGUAUCGCUCACCACACUACCUCUGUGGGGCUCUCAUGGAGGCAGCAGACCCCCAGUCUCUCACAGUGAUCACCCCACUUCCACACACUGCCAUCCCUGAUCUGCCUCGCCGGGCCCGCGGGGUCCCCCCGCACUCUACUUAUGCGCCGCCGCCCCGGGAUGAUCCCCAAGAACAAGGUGAAGCCAUGGAUGAGAAAUCUCUAGAACCCAUGUAUUAGUUUCCGAUCAGGUUCGUAUAUAAACCUCUGGAUUGCAUCUCAGGAGAAGACCCAGGAGAAGAUCUACAGCACCCAGGAGUUGACCAGCCUGCAAGAAGAAAACCCGCAUCCAAGACCCGCAAGAAGAGACAGGGAGUUGACUUUGUAGAGGAAGAACAGGAGGAUUUGCAGGCUGGAGCCACCAGGUCGUCAGAUCAAGAUUUCUUGGCCUUCCCUCCGAAGAUCGUGGCAAUGCACAGAGUGAGGUGGAACACCAACGAAGGUAGCCAGCGGUGGCUCUGCUCCGGGGGAGCUUCGGGGAUCAUACGGUGUCAGGUGAUCCAUCUUCCAGAUUCAUAA